GCCAUGGCAGCAGAAAUGGCCCUGAGCCACCGAGCGCCCCGUGAGGUGCUGAGUGAGGCUGAACUGGAGGAGGUGGCACAGAGGAAACCUCCCACCAAACCCUCUCUGCGUGGCUGUCUCCACAAGACCAGAUGUUCGGGCUCUGCUGCCAAGUCCCUGCUGUUCCGGUUCCUGCCAUUCCUGCGCUGGCUGCCCCGCUACCCCAUCAAGGACUGGCUCCUGGGGGACAUUGUUUCGGGCUUCAGUGUGGGCAUCAUGCACCUGCCCCAGGGGCUUGCCUAUGCGCUGCUGGCUGGGCUGCCGCCGGUCACGGGUCUCUACUCCUCCUUUUACCCCGUAUUCCUCUACUUCUUCUUUGGAACAUCAAGGCACAACUCUGUGGGUCCCUUUGCCGUCAUCUCUGUCAUGAUCGGGAGCUUGACGGACUCCCUGAUGCCCAGCGAGAACUUCCUGGAGUCCGUCAAUGGCAGCAAUGCAACAGUCAAUGAGGAAUUGCGUGACGCUGCCAGGGUGGAGCUGGUGGCCACCAUCACUGUCCUGACAGGUAUCUUCCAGGUGGCCCUGGGCCUCCUGCAGUUUGGAUUUGUGGUGACCUACCUCUCAGACCCGCUGGUGCGUGGCUACACCACUGCUGCCUCUGUGCACGUGCUCAUCUCCCAGCUCAAAAAUGUUUUUGGAGUCUCCCAAGGCGAGAACUCAGGGCCGCUCUCACUGUUUGUGACUGUCAUCGAUCUCUGCAAGAAGCUGCCAGACACCAAUGUGGGCACCCUGGUGACUGCCAUCAUUGCCAUGGUGGCCAUCUUGAUUGUGAAGGAGCUCAACCACAAGUUUGCUGCCAAAUUGCCCAUGCCCAUCCCCAUCGAGCUUAUCACGAUCAUCGUUUCCACCGGCAUCUCCUAUGGGGUCAACCUGAAAGACAAGUUUGGCAUCUCUGUGGUGGGCAACAUCCCCAGCGGGUUGAAGCCACCUGUGGUCCCUAACAUGAGCUACUUUGGGCAGGUGGUAGGCAAUGCCUUUGCCAUUGCUGUGGUAGGCUACGCCAUCUGCAUCUCCCUGGGCAAAAUCUUUGCCCUGAAACAUGGCUACAAAGUGGACAGCAACCAGGAGCUGAUUGCACUGGGCCUCUGCAACUUCCUAGGAGGCUUCUUCCAGUGUUUUGCCGUCAGCUGCUCCAUGUCGAGGAGCCUGGUACAGGAGAGCACAGGGUGCAACAGCCAGGUAGCUGGUGUCAUCGCAUCCCUGGUCAUCCUGGUGACCAUUCUGAAGAUUGGAGAACUCUUCCGGGACCUGCCCAAGGCCAUCUUAGCUGCCAUCAUCAUUGUCAACCUCAAGGGCAUGUUCAAGCAGUUCAAGGACCUCAGGACUCUCUGGAAGUCCAACAAGGUGGACCUGCUGGUCUGGGUUGUGACAUUCAUAGCCACCCUCCUGCUGAACUUGGACAUCGGCCUGGCAGCCUCGGUGGCAUUUGGGUUGCUCACGGUCAUCUUCCGUACCCAGCUCCCACACUACUCCAUCCUGGGGCGCAUCUCUGACACCGAUGUCUACAGGGAUGUGGUGGAAUACGAGAUGGCGCAGGAGGUCCCUGGUGUGAAGAUCUUCCGCUCUUCCUCGACCAUCUAUUUUGCCAAUGUGGAGAUGUAUGCCGAGGCCCUGAAGAAAAAGAGUGGCAUUGAUGUGGACCGCCUGAUUGAAAAGAAGAAGAAGGCCCUCAAGAAGCUGAAGAAACAGCAGAAGAAACUGGAAAAGGAAAAGGCAAAGAAGAAAAAGAAUGCAGGGGACGGUCCAGGCCUAGCAGUGAUUGAGUUGAGUGCGGGAGAGAGCAGUGCACCCUCAGAGCCCACCUUGCACAGCCUAGGGCUGCCCCAGCCCAGCUUCUACGCUGUUAUCUUGGACUUCAGCCCCGUCAACUUUGUGGACACCGUCUCCAUCAAGAUCCUGAAGAAUAUCUUCAGGGAUUUCCGUGAGAUAGAAGUGGACGUCUUCAUUGCCAGCUGCCCGGUAUCUGUCCUGGCCCAGCUGGAGCAGGGCAACUUCUUCAGUUCAGCCAUCACCAAGCACUCCUUCUUCCCCUCGGUGCAUGAUGCCGUGGUGCACAUCAGCAGGGAGCGGCACCAGGCCUCGGUGGACCGCAGCACCAGAAUGUAGCCCCUCAGGAGGAAGACGUCUCCCCCAGGAGAUGGGCAGGCAAGGAAGGCUUUGCCACCCUGAUGGCACCAAC